AUGAUGCGGGUAUAUAAAAAGAAAUGCAGCAGUGAAUGCCUGGAUGAGGAAACGGCGAACGAGGCUAGCGCAGAGCCGUUGGAUCCUGCUGUAAAGAAGACAGACGUGCGAAAGUUGCAAACUUUCGUUUCCCUGCCUCGUGAGGUGGAUGAGGAUUGCACUUCUGAAAGGGCAGACACCGAAGCUAGACGAAUUAAAACUUUUCUCUUGGUUUUGUCGUCGUCGUCGUCGAGGAAGCCGCAGUCUUGUUGA